CAUCAAUAUAUUAAAAUGUCUAUGUGCUCGGCAGCAGAAAUAGCUGAGAAGAAACGAAUUGCAUCGGAAAAGUUAAGGGCUAAAAAGGCUCAACAUUCAAUAAACACCGAUAACAAUAAUAUAAACAAAACAUUAACAGGAGUAUCUACCAUAAAUUCUAACCACGCCAGCUAUAAUACCAAUGUUCCAAAGUUGACAUCAACACCAACACUGGCAAAUGCUUCUUCCAAGCCAGCGGGACGUGCGGAAAACAGAGCCUCGUCUUUUCUGAGUGAUUUAAAGGGCAGUAAUGUGUUUGUUCAACGACAACAACAACAAAAUCCAGCCCGAGACACUGCUCAUCCAUAUAAAAGACCUUCAACGGAGGGGGCGACAAAUUUUUAUAAAAAAACAAACACCAAUGGAUUUGUUGAUAAACCUAAAGGCCCCAUAUUAGGUAUGUCAUCUACCACCACGCCGCAAAAACAAUUAGCCUCUGUUUUUGUCAAAAGUGUUACCUGUAAAGUGGCAAUGAUAUCUCCAUUGCGUUUUGAAGUACAACCAUCCAGUUAUCAUGUCCAGCUAAUUGAAGUUUUUAAAAGCAUUCCCAGCAAGUCUUAUGAUGCCAAUACCCGAUGUUGGAAUUUUGCCUUAACAGAUUAUAAACUUUUGCAGGAGCGCAUUAAUCCUUUAAAACCUGACAUUGUUAUUGGCGUUAUACCUAAGACCGUGCUUAAUUUGUGUCAAAGACCAGCAAAAACAAUAAAUAGAACAUGUUUAGAAUCGAUAGAGCCUACUUUAGCGGAAAAGUUGAUGCCUUUUCAACAAGACGGUGUAUGUUUUGCUAUUGCCCAACAAGGACGCUGCAUGAUUUGUGAUGAAAUGGGCUUGGGCAAAACAUAUCAAGCCAUUGCUGUAGCAGAUUUCUAUCGUGACGAUUGGCCCUUAUUUAUUUGUACAACUGCAUCAACGCGUGAUUCUUGGGCGCAACAUAUCAGAGAUUUGCUACCUUCUAUACCCCUGCAUUAUAUACAGGUUUUGAAUUCCAAUCAACAAUAUAUUGGCGAUUGUAAAGUCCUUAUCACAAGUUACAGCAUGAUGGAGCGAAAUGUUAAUCAAAUAAUGGAACGUAAAUUUGGUUUUCUUAUAUUCGAUGAAUCACACAAUCUAAAAAAUUCCAAAGCGAAAUGUACCUUGGUAGCAGAUCGUUUAUCGCAACAGGCUAAACAUGUUAUAUUGUUGUCUGGGACACCGGCGCUUUCAAGGCCUCUGGAAUUAUUUAGUCAAUUACAAAUGGUUGAUAGAAAAUUUAUGGGUUUCAUGGAUUUUACCAGCCGUUAUUGUGAUGGCAAACAAUCAAACUUUGGCUGGGAUGCUAAUGGUCAAUCUAAUCUCAAAGAAUUAAAUGUGGUGUUGAACCUUAAAUACAUGAUUAGAAGAACCAAAGCGGAGGUACUCAACGAUUUAUCAGAGAAAUUUCGAGAAACUGUUGUUUUAGAUCCUGCCUUAGUUUGGCCCAGUGAUGAGGUCAAGGAGUCUUUAAAUAAUGUAGCCCAAAAUUUGCAAACUUGCAAAGCUGGUGACAGAGAACAAAUUCUUUUAAGAUUUUAUGCUCAAACUGCCGAAGUUAAAAUAAAGGCAGUGUGUGCCUAUUUAAAGCAAUUAGUUAAACAACCAAAGAAAUUUAUAGUUUUUGCUCAUCACCGCAUAAUGAUGGAUGCGAUAUGUGACUGUUUAACUAAACUGAAAGUAAAAUACAUACGCAUCGAUGGUGCCACCCGCAAGCAAGAUAGAGGAGAAUUCAUCGACAGAUUUCAAAAGAACCCUUCAUGUAAAGUGGCGGUAUUAUCCUUGGGAGCCUGCAAUUCUGGUAUAACAUUAACGGCAGCCGAGAUAAUUAUAUUUGCAGAAUUAACCUGGAAUCCUAGUACUUUGGCUCAAGCUGAAAGUCGUGCCCAUCGUAUAGGCCAAACAAAUCCUGUGACGUGCCGCUAUUUAAUGGCCACAAAAACGGCCGAUGAUCACAUAUGGAACAUGUUGAAAAAUAAACAAGAUAUACUUAAUAAAGCUGGCCUUUUUUGUGAUAAUCUUCAAGAUGCUACUCAUACCGCAGCGCCAAUAACUUCCAAUAAAAUUGAGAAUUAUUUUUCACCCACUAAAUCAGAAGAAAAACCGCAAGUUUCGGAUACUUGUAACAAUGAGAAAUCUCCUGUAACUGUUAAGAAUACAAGCCUAAAUUUAGAUAUAAGUAAAGAAAUUGAAGAUAUUAAUGAUUUUUUCCUAGAUGAUGACGAUGAUGCUUUUAAGGAUAUAAUAUGUUAGGAUUUUAUAGAAUUUGUUUUUAUGAAUACAAUUUGUGCAUAUUGAAAUAUUUUAAAGCAAAUAAAAAAUUAAAUAUACGAA